CAGAGCGCACAGGGAUGUGAUUGGCCAGGCUGUUAUUUUACACAGCGCUGUACAAUCCUAACAUGUAGGCUAAAUAGUUGGAUUGGAUUAAAUAACAUAAAGAAAACUUAGAUUUUUUUAAGGAGCCGUCGUUUAUGUGUUACUUUAUGUGGAUUAUGUGCGAUUAUUACACUUUCAAAACCAACAUAAAUGUCAACAUUUUGUCCCUGAAGCCCCCAACAAUGGAGUGAGUGGGGGGCUGAUCAGCUGUAAAAGCACCUGUUUGACGUGUGGAGUUUGAGCUUUGAUGCUAGAACAGCGGGGAAGAGACUCGGUCAGAGAUGGAAACCAUUAUCUCCCUUGGUUUUUCAUGAUUUACGGCUUCCAUUCGGUCCACACAUAGCGCGCGUGGUCCCUCCUUCAUGUUUUGUCAGGAAUGUUCAUGUGUGUGUUUGUGCAUUGAUAACACGGGUGUGUGUUUUGUUGGUGACAUGUGAGUGUACCGAUACGGAGUAAACCGGCGGAAUGGAAAAACGGUGAGGACUGGAGAUUAUCAUGGCGGACCCAGAUGUGUCGACACAGAGCGGGGGUUACGAUGUGGAGCUGUUUGUGGACACUCCAGACUACGAUCUGAUCUGCACUAUUUGCCAGGGUGUCCUCAAGUGUCCGGUGAGAGCUGCAUGUCACCACAUCUUCUGCAAGAAAUGCAUCUUACAGUGGCUGAAGAGGCAAGAGACCUGCCCCUGCUGCAGGAAGCCUGUAAACCCAAGCUUGAUCUUUGUCAUGUUCAAGCUAAGCAAAUCUAUUGGACGAAUGAAGAUCAAGUGUAAGAAUGAGAUCCGUGGUUGUGCAGAAACCUUCCCCCUCUCAGAGCAGUACUGCCACAGCAUGAGCUGUCUGUACGAGCUCAUCCCCUGCCCGUAUCAGGGCUGCCGGGCGCAGCUCCUCCGCAGGGACCUGGACACUCACGCACGCCACUGUGAACACUGGCGUCAGCCCUGCCACAUGGGCUGUGGGACGGUACUCUCCCACCGCACUCAGGCUCAACACAACUGCUACAAACAACUGAGGCAGGAGUAUGAAGCCAGACAAAGGAACCACAGGGCCAUUGCAACUGCCCUGCAGAGGAAGAUGAGGAGGAUGCAGAGCACCAUGGCUCAUAUGAAGAGGCAGAUAGGGCUGAUCUGUGAGAGCCUGGAGGUUAUGGACGACCUGAACGAAGUAGAAGAAGAAGACCUUGGAGAGAGCAGUGGCGGCUCCAGUGGGACUCCGGGUAGCAACAACAGCAACUGUUGAUGAUAAAUCACAUUUUAUUGCUGCUGGUUGGCUACUGCUUUGUAUAAUUCUGCGUGUUCAUUUCUUUAAAAGUGUGUUUUUGAAUGUAUGAUUAAAUGAGUGACUCUGUAA